AUGGCUGUGAAUGUUACGGAGACGGCAGGAGUUGGCUCUACUCGGCUACUAUCUUUCUCUUCGACAGCUUUUGACUCGUCGUGCCACUUCCUUUCAGGCUCAAGCUGCUUGGGGCCCAACGCACCCUUGACAAGCGGUGAGGCUCCUCCCUGGGGCAACACUUCUCUCGUGACUUCAAGUUCAUCGGCCAGUCACAGCGGCCGAGUCUUCACGGUCCUAACUAUCGACUUCACACCUCCGCCUGAGUCGGUCGUAGCGACAGUAUUUGUACCAGAGUCCUCAGAAGCCGCAAGCGAGACGUCGUCAUCCCUCAAUAAUGCAACAGUCUCCUCGUCACUUUCGAUAAUGACGAUCGUAACUAUUGCGGUUGGCUCAAACACCGGUGCUGUACAGACGGCCUCAUUGACCAGGGUUAGCUUCAGUCCCACGUCUUCGAGGGAGGUGGGCCCCCUCAACGGUAGCACUAUAUUGACUGUGUCACCACCCACGUCGUCCUCUACGAGUGCCGAUUUCAAUUCCUCUAGCACCUCAUCUUCGUGGAACUCGACGUUGAGCUCGGAAGUCUCUGGCGCGUUGACGACUGGUCCAAGUGCUACGGGUGCAGGACCAUCCUCGAACUCGUCGUCAAAUGAGGCCAUGACUAGCUCUUCCGCAUUCUGGAGCAACAGUACAACGGCUUCUGUAUCCAGCUUGACGACUGCUUCAGGUUGGCUGGAUUGGAACAUGACGGCAGGAAUCCUUACUGCUUUAUCACAAUAUAACAUUUCGUUCCAAGCCACGGCCACGAGUGAGAAUGGCUCAGUUUCUCUUGCUAGUCCUACCAUAACGAGCUCUUCUUGGAACAUCUCAGUUACAACGACCUUCCCUUCGACCACCAACAGUACAGGAUUGAGUCCGGAGUCUAAUUUCACGACAUCGCCAACGUCGACUUUAAGAACCACGAAGUCCACUUUGGCCACAGAAUCUCCAGCCAUCACUGCUAGCUCAAAUAACAGUACGACCUCCUGGUCGAGCGCAGCUGGUUCAACAUCCCUGAGUCCGAACGCCUCGACCAUUUGUGACACCAACGCCACAGUGGCAUUCUGCGCUAGCAGUAACGCUCCGUGGCUCGCCUCAGAGACUGCGGCGCCGACCAUCACCACGAAUUCCACCAACGGCACGGGCUGGAGCAUGACAUCAAUGGAAGCAACCACGUUUACGACCUCAUUCGUGUCAGCCAGCGGUAGCGGUAGCGGAGAUAGUGGGGUAAACAGUACCUCGGCGACCUGGCACCCCUUGGUUCAGCCUCAUCGAGCCGAGGGAAGGCCCCGUCGGCGAUGGGUUAAGAGGGAAGAACAGAGAAGACGCGAGAACAACGGCCCGCAAGGUGACGACGCAGAUGGUCACCAUGAUGGUGAUCCUGGGCAGAGGAAACGAGAGGGCACGUCUUGGGUGAGGGCUCAGAUGGAGAGGAUGUUCCUUGUCCUCUGA